AUGGAAACUUCUAAAAAGAAUAGUGAAAAAGAUUACAUUGAACAAUCAGUUCACUCUAUGAAUCCAACGAAUCUUAUUGAGAAAAUUAUCCGUGAACGGGUUUUGGAUUGUCGAUAUUAUAAAGAAAUGUGUUUUGGACUAACAGCAGCAACAAUAUGUGAUAGGGCUGUAAGGUUGAAGUGCAUUGGAGGGCAAUAUUUAAAUCAAAGACCAACGGAAUUUCUGUGUUUAGCAUUUAAAUUGUUACAGCUUCAACCAGAGAAAGAAAUUGUCUUGGAAUACCUUUAUGCAAAAGAUUUUAAGUAUCUCCAAGCACUUGCUGCAUUUUAUAUCCGUCUUACUUUUCCUGCUAAAGAAUGUUACAUAAUUCUCGAACCAUUUCUUAGUGAUUACAGAAAAUUACGAAUCAGGCAUUCAACAGGAUCUUAUGGUUUAACUUAUAUUGAUGAAUUUAUUGACCAUCUUUUGAACGAAGAAAGAGUCUGUGAUAUUGCUCUUCCUCGGCUGCCUACCCGUUUCAUGUUGGAAGAAAUGGACGAGUUAGAACCAAGAAAAAGCGCUAUGGAAGACGAAUUAGAAAAUGGCAAAGACUAG